CCAAUCGCCCGGGGCCCGGUCGUCAUGGCGACGGGGCACGCUAACGCUCCGGGCGGAGCGGGGCGCGAUGGCGCAGAACAGGUACGGUCCCGGAGUCCGGAUCGGCAACUGGAACGAGGACGCCUGCCUGGAGGAGGAGCUCAUGAAAGACUUCUUAGAGAAGAGAGACAAGGGGAAACUCCUCAUACAGAGAAGUAGAAGACUGAAAAAGAAUCUUUUGAGACCGAUGCAACUUUCCGUAACUGAAGAUGGUUAUAUUCAUUACGGUGACAAAGUGAUGCUUGUGAAUCCUGAUGAUCCUGCUGUAGAAGCUGAUGUGUUUCUGGGUGGGGACCUGAGCCUGUGUAUGACUCCAGAUGAAGUUCAGUGCCAUCUGAGAGAUGACUUAGAGGUGCCCUGUGGCCUGAGUGCCGUUCAAGCCAAGACCCCGAUUGCUAGAAACACUUUUAUCAUUCUGAGCGUACACGGAGACGCCACUGGUCAAGUCCUCAGAUAUGGGCAGGACUUUAGCCUGGGGAUAACAGGAGGAUUUGAAAACAAAAUGUUGUAUUUAUCAAGUGACCACAGGACCCUCCUGAAAUCGUCUAAGAGGUCUUGGCUCCAGGAAGUGUACCUAACAGAUGAGGUCUCUCACAUGAAUUGCUGGCAGGCUGCCUUCCCCGACCCCCAGCUACGCCUGGAAUACGAAGGCUUCCCCGUCCCGGCCAAUGCUAAAAUUCUCAUCAAUCACUGUUACACAAAUCGGGGCCUGGCAGCCCACCGGCAUCUGCUCUUAAGCACCUAUUUUGGAAAGGAGGCUGAGGUGGUCGCUCACACGUACCUGGAUUCACACAGAGUUGAAAAACCAAGUAACCACUGGAUGCUGGUUACUGGAAAUCCCAGGGAUGCCUCGUCCACCAUAUCGGAUCUGCCCAAACCGCCGGCAGAGGACACUAGAGCCAUGGAGCAGACCAUGGGCCUUGACACGCGGUAACGCGCCAGGUACAUGCAUGUUUCCUCUGGUCCUGCUCUCAUCAAAUGUAGCUUCAAAAGAAAUUAACAACCUUGGUCACGCCUCAAGCUAGUUUUGAAUCGGAUAUGGGGACUCUCUGAGCACUAUAGUAAAAUAAAGAUUACAUUAAGAUUAUUGAAUUUGUGUGGGAGCCUAGGCCUAGAAAAAAAACAGCUCUGGAGAAUAAAUAGUAUUUGAAAGUGACACACAACGGCCUUUGGUUGAUAAACAAAUUCUGAAGAACUCAGCUUCCUCUGCUUAAACCCUUCAUUGUCUACAGGGACAGUGCGCCGCUUUUUAAAGUUAUGUCCACGUAAUAAAGCUAUUGGAACUGUGGUGAAUGGUCGGCACCAGUUUCCCUCUUGAAUGUACUGAAACAGAAGAAGCUGACGGCUGUGAGCUGUGGCCCUACCUUGGAAUUCAACAUUUCUGCCUUUGUAAAACAUCCUAUUUUUAUUUCUAUCUGUGGUUUGCGAGGUCCGGACCUUUACCUGAUCUGUAACCUAUUACGUUGUAAUGAUUUUUAAGCUGCAGAAUCUCUGCCUUGUCUUUGAAACUGGCACCUUAGUUGUGGCACUCAUGUGGCUAGAAGGUUCCUGCCAGAAUAAGUAUGUAUCCUUCC